AUGGAAGUCGACGCACCCGCUGCGCAGCCGCGCCCGACCCGCCGCAUCGUCGUCCCAGACUCAUCGCCUUACGACCUCGACUCGCUCGCCUCGUCGUGGGACGUGACCGGCCGCAACAAGAUUAACCGCCUGCUCUACGUCGCCAACUCGUCCCCCUCCCUCGCCGGACCCGCUCUCACGCUCGCUCUCGCCGCGAUCAAAACCCUCACUCUCGACACACGUCUCUACGAAGAGACCUACUACCUCUACCGUCAGUUCUUCAACAGCGUCGCAGAGGGAAAGGAGCAGGAUCCGCAGGCGCUUGCUUGGUUUGAGCAGGUCAAGGACAGGCAGGAGCAGUUUGAUCGCGAGUGGAGCGACAAGACGAAGAGGGAUGCGCAGAGCGGGCUCGAGAGGUUGGAGGUCGAGUUGAAGGGCUACAUGACCAACCUCAUCAAGGAGUCGAUCAGGAUGGGCCACCGCGACCUCGCUCGCUUCCAGUACCGCAUGGGUGACUUGCAAGGCGCCGUCCGCUCGUACACCAAGAGUCGCGAGUACUGCACGACGAGUCAGCAUGUCCUCGAGAUGUGUCUCGGCGUCGUUGAGGUCGCCCUCGACAUGUCGAACUACGCCUUCAUCCGCAACUACGUCGUCAAGGCCGAGUCUGCCGUCGAAGCCGCCCAAGCAUCUGCAGCGAGCGGGAAGAACAAGGCUGCGCCGGUCAACUUGCCUGGCAUGGUUGCGCCUGGGCUCGACCCCGCCGAGGCAGCCAAAGAGCGCGACCGCAAGAUCGUGCAGGAGAGGUUGACGGUCGCUGGAGCGGUGGCGUACAUGGGGAUGGGGUCGUACGAGAAGGCGGCGUAUGCUUUCACGGACGUUGGUGCGGAGGCGCUCAUUCAUGGUCCGGGUCACUUCAUUCCCGCUGCCGACGUCGCCCUCUACGCCGUCAUCACCGGUCUCGCCUGCUUCUCCCGCUCUGCCCUUCGCUCCCGCGUUCUCGAGAACGCCAACCUCCGCCCUUUCCUCGACCUCGAGCCGUACCUCCGCGACAUCGUCCGCGCGUUCCACGACAGCCAAUUCAAAACUGGUCUCGAGCUGCUCGCCAAGUACGAGGCCCGCCUCCUCCUCGACAUUCACCUCGCUCCUCACGUCGACGCGCUCGUCCACUCAAUCCGCCAGCGCGCCAUCCAAGCCUACUUCGCCCCCUUCGCCUCCGUCUCGCUCUCUCGCAUGGCCGCCGCCUUCGGCUGGCGUGAGGACUAUAUGCAGGCAGCGGUCGUCGAGCUCAUCGGCAACGGGAUGCUCAAGGCGAGGAUUGACUCGGCUAAGGGCGUGUUGGUGGCGAGGAGGCAGGACCCGAGGGUGGAGGCGUUCAAGAAUGCGCUCGAGGAGGGCGAGAAGAUGCAGAAGCGCGCGGUUGCGAGUCACCUCAGGAUGAAGCUUAUGCAGAACGACCUUGUCGUCAAGCCGGCGAGGCGUUCCGGCGGCGGUCGCGAUCAGCAACAGCAGUACGACGACCGUUCGACCACCCAGGUCGACUAG